CCAAACAACACUAGGUCGCGCUACGUUGACCAGAUGACCACUCGGACACAGCGGGUGGAUGCCUUGUUGGCCCAGGCCCUCGAGUCUUCGGGUGCCCGAGCUCGUGGGGGCGGUGGCGAGAAUCAGAGCACGGGCAUGCAGGUGCUGCUGCGACUGCGACCCAUGUUUGCCAAGUCGGCCAUCCCCGGCCUGCGCGUCAUCCUCGGCUUGUCUCACCCGAUGCGACGGCUCGCCUGGACGGCAGCCCUGGCGGCGCUAGUGUGCAUAGGUCUCAACGACCUGUACAUCGUGUUCAGAGAGUAUUUCGAGUAUGCCGACACGGUCGACGUCAAGUGGGCAAGAUCGCCGGAAGGAAUGGCGCUGCCAGCCGUUACAUUCUGCAACUUGAAUCAGGUGCGGAAGAACGUCUUCUGUGGAGAUAUAGAGCUCAACCGAAGCACCGCUACCGAAUGGCAGCAGAGAAUUUGCGGGGGCAAUUCGAUACUGCCCAUUUGGUUGCGCGAGAACGACGCCGCGCGGCGCGAUGAGUUCCACAAGUGGAUCACCGAACUGCAACGGCGAAACGAGACCACGGCCAAGUUCCUGGGUCACCAGUGGGAAGACAUGGUGCAAAUCUGCCUCGUCAAUGGGAAAGACUGCAAAACCCCCGAGCAUCUCCAAGUGAAUGUUUACGGUCGCUACGGCAACUGCUUUUGUCUGGGCUGCAAUCUCAGUGCAGAAAGAGAGAAGAUACAGACGGCCUACAGCCCUAACCAAGGAGUCCGCCUGCUACUGGACCUGGAGAUCCACCAAUACAUGUCUCACUCGACAGAAGCGGGCUUCGUCGUCAACGUCCACCAGCCAGGAGUGCAGGUGGAUUUUCGCGACAGCAUCUUUCUGCUGCCUCGUCGAACGACGAUGAUCAGCGUUAUGCAGUCUACUUACUUUCGGCUGGAGCCGCCGUACAGGAACCCAUGCCAGCGGGAUUUCCCAGAGAAAUACCGCGAUCACAUUUCUCCGGAUCGAGUGUAUACAAGGAAGGCCUGCAGGCACAUUUGUGCCCAACUGCACGUCAUCGCCGCCUGCGGAUGCCAGUCGCAUGAUUACGACACAGUCGACAGGUCUCUGGCCGAAAUAUGCAACGAAGACGACGAGGAACUCAAUAACUGCAUUGCAGAAGUGGCUGAGAAGAUCGAUGGAGGGCAAGUUGACUGUCCGUGUUUAGAAAGCUGCACGGUGGUGGAGUACUCGUGGCAAGCAUCCUCUCUGAAGUGGACAAAAAAAAUUCUGGAUGAACAAGCCGGGUAUGAACGCAACGGAAGAAGUUCCAAAGAACUGACGGAAGUCGUCGUCUACUUGGCGAGUGCACAAGGAUACCGCAGAAGAAAUGACCCCAAAGUGACGGUCCCCCGUCUUGUCAGCAGCAUGGGAAGCAUCAUGGGGAUGUACGUGGGCAUGUCCUUCCUGUUGAUUUUCAAUGUGUUCGACAUCAUCGCUCGAGCCUUAAUUGCCUCCUACAGGCAAUUCCAGAGAGUGCAAGAAUGCCGUGCAACCCUUCAAGGUAUACCUUGGAACCCACAUCACCACCUGCCAGGCUACAAGUUCUUCUCGAAUUGGCGUGGCCUUGCACCUUACCUGAAUAAAGCUGCUGGCCAUCAUUAGAGAUGUGAAUUGUUGAAAAAAAAAACUACAUAUUGUCGCAAAGGUAUUUUCAUGGCUUUUCUUUCCCCAAGCACCUGAACAAUUGGGCAAAAUUUAUAGCCUCCCAAAUUAACACAAAAUGUAAAUAAAAUUAUGUGCAGAAAGAGGACCAAGAGAUGAAACAAACCGUGCUACUGAACUGACCCUCGCUCGAACGAAAGAGGGCACCUGCGCCACAUAGCUUGAGUGUGAAAGCUCCAAAGUGCACGCUGCCAUUUUAUUGUGCCAUUUUCUUGUGCACGUGUUGACUGUGGCAGAUCUGCUUACCUAAUCUUAUUUCUUGUCAUGUGAAUAAUAUAUUGAGGAUGUUCAUAUUUUUUACCUUUAUUAGCGUACAGAAUAUCCCCACUACAAAUAAUUGUAGUGGACAGUGUGAAACAUAGUUAAAAACUAUUGAAUUAAGAUAUUGAGUCAAAAAUAGUGAAAGAAAUUUAAAAAAUACUUUUUCAGGCCAUUCAAAAUUUUUUAAAAUUUCGCAUCUAUACCGUUAUUGGACACUUGACUUCUGCACAAGAACAAGGCAGACUGUGCACAGUGGUGAAUACAGUGAGUUGUUGCAAGCCUCAUAAAAACGGAACAAGUGCAACAUGAAGCACGUUGCUGGAGGGACAAUAGAAUGGUGCAUGUGCCAUUUUAAUUUUGCACAGUGUUCAGCUAAAACAAAAAACCUAACCACAUAUAGCCCUGUCUCUCGGCUUCGUAGCGCAGACAUGCUGCUUGCUUGGAGACCAGUCUUUCUCCUUCAAAUUGGAAGCAGUAAAAAAACACUUUAGAAAGCUUGCUCCAGAAGAACAGCCUUACAACAGCUGCUGAUGUAUCACAAGCACUGAAUACACACAAAAAAAAUAUUUUUAAUAUGAUCGAACUAAGACAAUUAAACUGUAUUAGUAAAGUACAAUUUCACAAGAGCAUAUUGGAUGCUGUUACUGAGAGGAAGCUGGGCAAACCAAAUUGCAGAAACGAGAUGGAUGUUUAAGUCACCCGGGGUUCCCACGCCAGCUCGACACAACAUUGUGGAUUUUGUCAACAUCUGCCUAAGGCUAGGUAAUACCACCUAAGACCUCAUACACAACACUUGAAAGAAACUAUGCUUAACCUAGCAAGUUUCUAAAGCUUUUCCUAUGAACAAAACCCAAAAUAAUUCUUCUGAUAUAUUCUGCUAUUUUGUUGCAUGCUUUUCCUCACGUUUCUUUAAAGCUGUUCAGUGCUUUACGUCCAUAAAUAAUUAAUUUCACUGCAUAAGAUAAUUUCCUUGACAACUGAGUAUGCAUGUCACUAAAUUAAAUGCGGGUUUGUAUUUAGCACUUGUUUAAUUUUUAAUACUCUAAACAAUUAUUUUUAUCAAUUGCAAUGGCAUGAAAUAUGUUGAUAAAUAUAGAUAAUAGAGCGAAAUCUUUCCCUCUUGCACACCCAAUUGGAGCAAGCACACCUAAGCUCAACCCUCGUUGUUAACUGUUGGCGCACCACUAAGUUUGACGACGGUGCAGCCCAUGAUCAAGCCAUGACAAGAAGAUACGACUGCUGGCGACCGUGUGAUAAGAACAGGCCAACUAUUAUCGCAGUUGUUCUUUCAUUCUUUCUGCCAGCUCUCGCAGUCCGUGGCAAAGAUAGCUGCCCCUGCAAAUUCUGGCCUAUAGGCUAAAUGAAAACUAUUGCCACACAACGAACUUGAAAUUAAAAAGUUUCAGAAAUGUUAUAGGUACCCACAUCAUUCACAGGAUUCGUACAGAUCAUUCAACUGAAAAUUCAAGGACACUUAAAGGAUUUUAAGGGUGCUAAAGGCAAAAAUUCAAGGCAAGGGAAACAUACAAAAAAUGGCUGUGGCUUAGCUAAGGUUAAGCCCAGGAUGCGAAGCAUACUAGCCUUUAUUUUAGUUGUUGAACCACUGUUUAGCCUGGUGAACUGCUGUUGCUUGGCUAUAUUUGGUUCGGCUAGACGAAGAAACAACUCAUGCAGGCGAGCGCACGAGCUGAGACCUGGCUAUGUAGCUACGCGGCCGCAAGCGAGCGCACGAGUUGAGCCUCCACUUUUGCAGCUGUUAUGACGUCAUAUGGUAGCUACGCGGCAGCACGCGGCGCAGCAAGGAAGAGCGUGGUUGUGCGGCUAGUAUGCUUCGCAUAAAAAUAGAUUCGCCUUCCUAGCAGCAACUUUUUGCAGCUAAGCAGCUGCUGAAUUGGAUAUGUGCUUCAACCUUUUCUGGUGGCUCUUCAAUGUUGACUGUGAAACUUACUUUCCAACAUGCAUUUCUAGAACCUGAGGCUUUAACAUAAAGCCAUGACGGCUGUGGCGUGAACCACCUAGCAAAGCAACAAAUACUAGGGGUGCGGGUUUGAGAACAAGUCCGCCGUCGAUGGCUGUGGACACACCACAUUGCAUUGCUUAGGACCUCUAAAGAUUGACUCGCCAUCCUGACCCUGCAAAAGUGGAUGUCCAGCGAAGCUAUUAGAAAACCACUCAAAUGCCAUCGAUGGAUAUGAAAUGUUUGUUUUGUUCUCCCUACUCUUAGCACGACACCGUUGUCGAGCUUUACGAUUUUGCUUCAACACUCAUCAUAUUCACGUUGCCCUUAAGGAGUCCUUGCAUGGUCUACCCACAGCGGUCUUGGAAUCAACUGAAUUAGUUGCUAGGCAGGUCUCCCUUUUAUACAUAUAUGAAGUUUGGC